AAAGGAAGCUUGAGUCUACAAUAAACGUUUCUGUGGCUGCGCAAUCACAGAGGCUGUGAUUACCUUGUGAGAGCGUUGCUGUCUCGGAGGAGCGGAGAAUACAAGUGGUAUUGCUGUGACUGCAGAAUUAAUUCACGAUGAAUCAGGCCAUGGAAGGCCUCGAACAGCUGCCAGAAGCGCAGAGAAAUGAACUCAUGCAGAAGAUAGAGGAGAUGCAGGUUCGAGAUAGUUUGCGCAUGUACAAUGGCUUGGUGGAGAGGUGCUUCAAGGACUGUGUAGAGUCAUUCAGGAGAAAGGAUCUCGACAGCUCGGAAGAGAAGUGUGUGGAGCGGUGUUGCCAGAAGUUCAUGAAGCAUUCUGCAAGGGUGGGUGCACGCUUUGCAGAGCUGACGAGCGCUGCAGAGCAGCAGAUGCAGCAAAUAGUGAAUCAGAAAUAGGCGCAAGGCAUCAGCAAGCUUACAACACAGAGGCAGUCAUGUGGCAACAGUUGGGACCCAACUGCUUAUUGACACGAUGAUUGCUAGCAAUCAUGGUCAUCAGCCACCCCUGCCUUGUUGCAGUGACGUGCCAUACCAGCAAUGUCAUGUAGAGGCACAUUUUUUCAUGCACACCCUGGCCUGUAUUUAAAUGUGUCCUUGUUGAAACUCAACAGUUGGCUUUACAAUGAGUGAACCUUGAAUACUUACUGUAACACCCAACUCUGUUUGUCCGCAUAUGUGCAAUGGAUCAGUCAAACUUUCAUAUUGCGCCACCAACCACCAGCUGUCUUGAGUCUGAGACCAUUCAAUACACCUCGUUGCUUGCCUCACUCAGUUUGUUUGCCCAGAGCCUCUAAUACCUAUCCUGUUUGCAUUAGCUAGGUGUUUGUCUAGCUACCGCACAGCAGCUGCACCCUCUAAGCACCCGCAAAAGAUGCAGCUGCAGACCAGGCCAAAAUGCAUCAGGAGGAUGGCAGGCAUCCUCCGUCACCUGCAGCACUCCCAAAAGGGGAAUUUGAAUCUCCUGAAGCAUGCCCAUAUGCGCGGCCAGUUGGAAAGAAAAGCAUUAAAUCAAGCCCGUGUGGGCCAGCGCGCAUGGGGGCAUGCCUCAAAAAUCCAUGUCAAAACAUACUUUAAAGCUGUUCACAAGGAUCAACAAUAUUUAUUCCCUCACCGGCCAGUCUUACCGCAACGGCCUCCAAACGCCUCCCUCAGAUCCUCUCCAAAGAUGGGGCCAUGAAAGUCCUUGAAAAUGUUUCUUUGAUACACAUACGCAGAGCCCUGAGACAGUGGGCAUCUGCAUGAUUUGCUGUACUCUGCUGCAGAAAUGGCUGAGCAUUGCUGCCUUGCCUGUCAUGCUGGAUGUCGGCAUGCUGCAAGCCCGAAAUGCGCAAUACACUCCAAUGUGAAACCCCUGAU